UGUUAAGUUGAGUUAUAAUGAUUUGUUAAAGUGGCAAAUGAACAAAAAAUAAUGAAUUGUGUAUUUGGUUGGUAAAAUGAAUGAAGUUAGGUGGAAUUAGCGCCUCUCCAUCCAUACAGCUUGAUUCAAACCCCGUGGCACCAUUACACCCGCCAACUCCAUCGCCGCUACCGCACCCUUUAUAAACCCACUCCACCGUUGCCACCUCACUAAACCCCAAUCUAAUUCUAGCUAUGGAGGGAGAAGGAUCCCACAGCAUACAGGUCACCGGCAUGCAAUUCUCCUACGACGCCACUUCCCCUAUCUUCUUCGAUUUCAAUCUCAACGUAUCGCCGGGAUCGCGCUGCCUCCUCGUCGGCGCCAAUGGAUCCGGUAAGACGACUCUGCUGCGGAUACUGGCGGGGAAGCAUAUGGUGGGCGACCGGGAUGUGGUGAGAGUGCUGAAUUGCUCCGCAUUUCACGACACCAGUCUCGUUUGCAACGGUGAUUUGGCCUAUUUGGGAGAAUCUUGGAGCAAGACUGUCAGCUCUGCUGGGGACCUACCGCUUCAAGGCGACUUCUCAGCUGAACAUAUGAUAUUUGGAGUUGAAGGUGUUGACCCUGUUAGACGGGAUAUGCUGAUCGAACUUUUGGAUAUUAAUCUUCAGUGGCGGAUGCACAAGGUAUCUGAUGGCCAACGACGUCGGGUGCAAAUUUGCAUGGGUCUUCUUCAUCCUUACAAGGUACUUUUGCUAGAUGAGGUCACUGUCGAUCUAGACGUUGUGGCUAGGAUGGAUUUGCUGGAAUUUUUCAAGGAAGAGUGUGAGAAGAGAGGAGCAACAAUUGUUUAUGCAACUCAUAUUUUUGAUGGACUCGAGACAUGGGCAACCAAUCUUGUUUAUGUUCAAGAUGGUACGUUGAAGAAGUCGGAGAAGAUGGCCGAGCUCAAUGAACUGAAGCAUAACCCGAAUUUGCUCUCAGUUGUUGAGUCAUGGCUACGGUCUGAAACAAAGAUUGAGAAGAAGAAGCCAAUAAACUCUCCAUCCCCUCUUAAAAAAUCUUCUCCAUUUGAUGCUUCUCCUUUUAAGUCUUCAAGACAUAUGGCAUAUUACCGCUGAUCUGCAUCCAUUUCAGGGGAAAUUUGAAUUUAUCAUCCAGAAAUAGCAAAUCAAACGACCUCAAAUAUUUAUUUAAUGAGAAACUCUUGCUCUUUCAGAGGCAUCCAAUAACCACGUAGCGACUCUUCUUUUAUACCUUAUAUUCUGCUGUCUUUUAUGUCAUAGCAGGUAAUUGCUUCAGAAUUUCUGUAAUACAAGCAUUGUUUCAUCAUAUUUGUAACUAUUUUAUUUGAAUUUAUGGAAAAUAUCAUAUUUGAUUAUCAA